AUCUGUAGGCGGGCACGUGGAAAAUCCACCUCUGCGCUAAUUCUUUGAGGGAAAGGAGGAGGGAAGAAAAGGGAGCUAGAAGCAGCCGCAGGCUCAACCUCGGUCACUUCAGUCUCUGCGUGCCAAGCUUUGACAGCCGAUGGGAGCCCCUCGGCACACAAACACACCAAAACCUAGAAGAGCAAGCGGUGAGCCUUCCUACCAUUGGAGCAAGGGCCCCGUGCAGGACACAAGAGGGCAGCUUCCCCAGCUCCUGGGAAGCAGGUGACCUGUGGCUGUGCGGGCUGCUCCCCCCUUCCCCCCCCCCCCCCCCAUUAUUAAUGGGACUCACACUCGACUCGCUUUUUACCCCGUGAUAUCUCGGAGAUCGCUCUUGUUCCGUAUCCUGCGCGACACCCAAGGACAAGGAGCAGUGACUGCUGCUACCAGGUGAUGAAUUUCUCUGCAAGGUCAUUGCUUUCAGUCUCCUGCCUUACUACCAGCUUUGCAGAUUUGUUUGUGGAGUUGUGUCUCAUUGCCUUCACUGUGAAGAUCAGCUAUCACUCAGCAGGGACACUGUCAGAGGAAGUUCCCAGAGAUUGUCCUAAAGAGAUCUUCCAUGGGGACUGUGGACCCACUAAGGUUGACCAAAGCUUCCCUGACUGUAGCUUCAGAAGAGAAAGAAGAGCUUCAAGGCCAGCAGCCUUCUAAUUCACAGCAGACAUCAAUCAUUGCCUAUACCAAUGCUAAUAGUCUUCCAUGUUUUCCUUCAGAAUCUGUUAGAGUUGGCUCAUUGGACCUCAGCUGCCCUGGACCAGUAGAGACUAUAAUGAAGGACUCAGAGCAUGAUCUCACCCAGACAGUCAUGUCUUCUGGUAUCUCCAGUGAGGAUGAAAAAUUACCUCCCACAUACAACCCUUCUGAUAGCUCUCAACAUCAAGGUAGCAGUGAACAUGUAGCAGAAAUCCCAGGUCCAGUAGUAGACUUGACCCUUACACACUCAGUGGUUAGAGUACCAGUCAACCAGGAUGCUAGCCAUCCCACACCUUGUGAUGAGCCAAAGAUGUUGACAGAUGUUGUAUCUUUGACUACAGCAGAUCAAUCCCCCAGAACAUCUCAGCAGUCUAGCCACACUAGCAAGCAUUCAGUAUGCCUUACAGAGCAAGAAAAGAUGCUAAAGGCAGGGUAUCUGUCCUCCAGAUUCAAAGAAACAGGCACUAUGACAAGCCUAGAUGAGAGUGGAUUUUUGGCAAAGGAGAGGGCAAACAGAACUUGGCAAGAUGCUGAGGUUCAGGCAGUGACCAGUAUGGAGAGUAGAUCUGUCUCUACCAGCCCAAGUAUCCUUGCUGCAUUCUUAAGGAAAAUUCCUCCUCCUGAGACUCUGGAGGAACAAGAGCACUUAUGUGUUAUUUACCAGAACAACAGUAACAUGAGCAAUCCAUCAGAGCUCUCUAACAAGUUGGUAGGUCCAAGAGAAGCACUUUGCCAUUCUGGUAGCAAGACAGAAGUGCACAUCCAGGCAGCUACUGGUGAUUCUUCAAACAUACCAACUUUCCAAGUGGAAAAUAAGUCAACAGAUUCAGCAGCCACAGUCUAUCAGAUAGCAUCAGACAACAGAACAUCUGGCCUACAGGCAUCAAGUGAUACCAAAACUACAUGCAAGGAGGAACAGCUAGCAGCAAUAACAGUCACUGAAGGAGAAAGUCAUAUCAUUACACAGCCAGCACCUACUACUUUCACCCCACCCAAUGCAAAACCACUUGAUCAGAUUUCUACCCAUGCAUGCAAUCAAGCUGAUGUAGGUCAUGGCUUAACGAAAGCUGAAACUAAAUCAUCUGAGUUGUCAAUGAAAACCAUUAGUGCCCACCAAGCUGAAAGUGUUCCCAGUGAUCCAUCUUGUAAGCUACUCAGCCCUGACAAUGAGCAAAAAUUGGAUAACUUGAAUGUCACUGACAAAGAUAGUGCAAAUGAGAAGCCUUUGCCUACUCAGGUAGUAAAAGAAUGGGAGACUGUUGAUGCCAAGGUAGACAUAAAACCAACAGAGACAAAAUCAGAAUUGCUUUGUCCUAAUGCAGAAGGAAUAACUACACUUACUCCUACCACAGGCAGAAAGAACCAGGACAAAGCCUCUGAAGAAAGUAAGCAGACAAAAGCAGUUACAAGCUUGGAACUACCAGGAGAGUCGAUGGGAGAAUCCAGUCCAAAUUCUGGUAAACGUACACCUUCUCGCUUAGUCAAAGCAAGUCCACGACGUGCCAGCCGUGUCAGUGAGUUCUUGAAAGAACAAAAACUAAAUGUGACAGCAGCUGCUGCUCAGGUUGGUUUCCCCUGGAGAAAGAAAAAGCAGCUUGGAUCUGAUGCCAAGCUCCAGUUCAAACAGUCCAAGCAAGUCAGGGAUGUCAUAUGGGAUGAGCAAGGCAUGACAUGGGAAGUGUAUGGUGCUUCCCUAGACCCUGAGUCACUUGGCAUCGCUAUUCAGAACCACUUACAGAGACAAAUCAGGGAACAUGAGAAACUGAUUAAAGUUCAAAGCAAUCAGAACAGAAAAUCCAUUUCUUCUGAUACAUCUUCAAGUAAAAAGCUCAAGGGGAGGCAACACAAUGUGUAGGCCAUGAUGCAGAACUUUAGACGUCCCAACUGUUGUGUCCACCCUGCUCCCUCAUCUGUGUUAGAUUAAAAGAGGAACUGUAUAGAAGAGUGUGUGGACAUUAAGUACCAACAUGAAUCUUGAUCUAUGAUGAAGGUUAUGUAUAUUUGAUGAGGAAAUCUAUGAAUCACAAGAAAGUGUUAAUUUCAGGAAAUUGCUUCAAUAUUUUAGGAGGACUUUGUCCAUUUGAAUGUUAUAUGUAAAGAAAAAUAUAGGUAAUAGGAAUACAUUUCAGUGUAGGUUUACAUACUAAGUGGAAAUAAUAGGCAGAUACAGAAAUAUUUAUGGAAAAAACAUUGUAGCUAUUUCAUUUUUAUAUUGUUUCCUCACUUUAGCAAACUGGAGUUAUUUGUAUUCAAAUCUUUAUUCUGUAUUAAAAAGUAGGGACUUAGCAUAAACACUGUUAUAAGUUUCCUGUCCAAAACCCUAAUCCAGAAAAUGAAGGGGCUGUAUAAGACCAUCUUCAAGGUCCCUAGUAGCUCUUAAAUUCUGUGAUCUUAAUUCAAUAAGGGUGGUAUCAACACACAAAAGCUUUAAGUAGAAGAUAACUAAUGUAAAACAUGAAAUUGAAUUUUCAUUUAUUGAUAAGACAGAUUCUAUAAAUUAAAGAAUCCUUAAGAUGCAUAGAAGCAUCCAACAUUAAUGAAUAUUUAUAUGUAUAUGUGGAUAUUCAAUCACAUCAGCCUUGCUAUAAUAGUUGGCAAACAUAAACAAGUUUUAUUAGACACCUUCAAGCCUUUUCUUGUAUGUAGGAAAGAUAAUAUGGAAAUACUAUAGUCAGAUUUCACUGAUCCCUUGUACAAUUUCACAUUCUUAGACUAUGAGAAGUCUAUUGGUCUGAACUCAUGGAAGGAGUUUUCUGUGACAUCCUACUAAAAAAUAAAAAAAAAUUCUAAGAAACUUCUCAGUAAAUGUAAAUGCCCAGAUAUCACAUAGUUUUGUUGGAAAAUAAUAAGAAUACUAUAUUCAGUUGCUGAUUCCAGUUCUAAUAAUUAUGCAAAUGAAAAAGACAUGUUACUUUUCCAUUGAAUCUGUCCCAGGCCCAAUACAAGAAAACAUGGUGGAAUAUUUGUGGAAUAUAAGCUUCCUUGGGACAAUGUUCUCAGAGGUAGCUAGUGGCACAAUGGAUAGAGUGCUGGGGACUGGUGUCAGAAGACCUGAGUUCAAACUG